AUGUUCCGCGUCUUGUCACUGCUCUGCCUGCUCCUGGGUCUGUUCUCCUUUGUUCUGAGUGCCGAGAACUGCGACCAGGACCAGGCCACUGCCACGCUCCUCUGCCGCGGUGAGCGCGCUCUGCGCAAUGUCCUGCGGAACCUCAACAAAAGCGACAAGCCACUGGUCGUGGUGCGGGGCCUGGAGAUUGUGCCACUGCGGAGUGCCACAUCCCUCGAGGAGGAAGACUCGGAGCAGGGCCUGCUGGACAGCUUGGCCUUCUACCUGCGCACCCACGAGGUGAACGUGAAGCUGGCCUACCUACUGGAAGACGAGAGCAGAGGGGAGGUGGCAGAAGCCCGCAAAAAGGACAAGGGCCAGGGCAUGCUGCUGGCCAUGGCCCUGAUGUUUGGCAAAAUGAUGGCCGUGCUGGGACUCGGCGGCAUCGGGGCUCUGGCCAUGAAGGCGCUCGGCGUGUCGAUGGUGGCUCUAAUGAUGGCCGGCAUGCUGGGUCUGAAAACAGCGGCGCAGCAGGGCGGCGAGUCCAGCCACAGCAUUUCCUACGUAACCGGCGAGGGACACCACCACAAGCGGAGGCGUCGCCGCGCCACGCUGCAGCAACCCCUGGCCUACAGGGGCUGGCAGUGA